UAUUUUUCUAAAUAUGAAAAAUUGGAGAUGCUUGGAAAAUUGGAUGUUUGGUAAUUUUAGUCGUGGUGUUGCUUAUUAGUAUUUUGGGAGUCACGAUUUUAUUGAAAAUAAAAUAUGGGGACAACUUUAUCCGAAAAAAUUCAACAAGAAGCGAGGACAGCAAUUAUUUGGAUAAAAGCAAUGUGCUCUUACGUCGCCAUCAGUUCAUCAACCUGUGAAUAUGGAAAAUUUCCGAGUAAAUUUGUGAAUUAUGGAUGUACUCCUUGUCCACCAAAGUAUGAUGACUGUAGCAAACAAGGAAAAGAUGAGCAAGCCUGUCUUAAAUGGUGCCGCUCAUUUUUUGAAAAUGUGUCGCUGCCCAACACCCGGCUGCCGACGACCCGGACAACCAUCGCCACAAGCGAAAUUGAGAAUACUGUAUACAACGGAAAAAAUGGAGGAAAAAGAAAUAAAAGUGGCCUGAGCGUUGCAAAGGUGGUUGUAUUAGUCGUUGUUUUACCUUUAGUGUCGAUCAUUGUUCUGGCUGUGAUCGCGUAUUUAAAGAUAAGAAAUCGAAGAAACUUGAGAAUGACAGAGGCAGAAGCAAACGCAGAACCCUCUGGCAGUGAUCUGCCUCUUACUGGACACGAUGACGAAAUGGUUUCAGAAAGCAUUGAAGAAAAUCAAAAAGGAUCAGUAAAAUCGGUUAUCGACAAGUCAGCACAGCUUCAGGUCAAUGGCAAUUGUGUACAAGAAACACUAUCUACUUAGCAACAACAACUAGUAUAGGUCAUGUAGUAUAGAUCCGAGUGCAAUUACGGGUAAACUCGCACGAGUGAGUUUUUUAAAGAACGCAGCGAUAUGGUCCGAAAGACGAGUGCAAUUUGCAGUCUUUAAAAUACUCACAAGUGCAUGUUUAGCCUUAGCUGUACGAGAAACUAUAUUAUUACUUAAUAAUAAUGUACUUUGAGAUAUUUCUUGACCGCACCGUCUAACUUUGUUUCGCUUCGUUAUUUUUAAUGGCUUCAGAAAGGCUUGUUACGCGGCCUAACUGUGAAAAACAUUCACCAAAAAACAGUAUACUUACUGUUUUGUUUUAUUCUUUGCAUUCUUGAUUCUCAAACAUCUGCAAUUGUGGAAAUCUUUGCUAACUUAGAACUGCAGCCAUUUUUUUUUAUUGAAAAGAAGUUUGUUUGGCUUUCACUGCUUUUGACAAAUCAGGAAACAGUAUUUACAGUGCAAUUACACUUUUUUAUCGAGCAAUUAGCUACAUCUUUUUCAACAGAGCAAUUACAGCUUUUCAACAGAGCAAUUACACUUUUUCGCAGUAGCAACUACAUAUAAACUGCACUGAGCAAUCAACCAAUCACAGUCGAGAAAUAUCCCCAAGGUACACUAUACAAAUACUUAAAACUAUAUUUUCCGUUCAUAGUAAAGUUUACAACUUUCAUAAAAUAUUUUGAAUUCUAGGUCUGUUUUGUUAGAAUAAAUUAUUGUUGAAUACUGCACAAAUGGAUAUAGCUAGCUAGUUACAAUGCACCGUGGUUUUUCAAUGGAACAAUCAAAAUUUUUUUACGCAUCAACUUAGAUACAUGUUUCUAUAAGUCAACAUGCAUGCAGACUCAGAAUUUCUUUAUCAUUUAUGCAAUGCCAUAGCAUAAGCUAAAGACUCAGUGAUGAGUUGAGUGAAAUUAUACAUAAUUGAUGUAGCAUUUUUGUUAUAUUUUGUAUAGUACUGUUAAUAAUAUGGAUUUUGUUAAUAAGCUGAAUUGUAUGUCCUACAUCUAUGUGACAAAAAUUACAGCAAAUCCAGUCGUCUA